AGGGCAUCGCCACGUUUUGCUCGCACCUCUUUCAUAUCCUAAUAUUAAUUGAGCAAUAGUUGGUUCGUGUUGGCCUUUCAUCCGGAACGCUAUUCAAAGAUCCUCGUGUCGCCGUCUUCAUAUUUCCAAGCCUCUUGCAACCUCGAUCACUAGCUUUAACCGGCCGGAAACGCUACCAUGCGUUCAAUUGCACUCCUAUGGCUUGCACCUGCGGCACUAGCCAGCGCCAUUCCCGCAUUUGAAGAGCCCUUUCCCGCCGCCUCAUUCGACAAGCGACAAAAUGUUUCUCCGAACGUCGUUGGAGUGAAGACUCUACAGGCUGAUGUCUACGCGGGAAUUGCUGCGAUUAAUCAGCAAAUCUACCAGGGCACCCAGAAGUCUGAUCAGUUCAAGAAGUGUAACCCGUUCAACAUUAUUGUUCGCAAAGAAUGGGCAACUUUCUCCACUCCGGAGAAGAAGAACUAUAUCCAAGCUGUGCAGUGCAUGUCUAAGCUACCUGCAAAAACGCCAAAAUCGGAAUGCCCUGGAUGCCGGAACCGCUAUGAUGACUUUCUUGCGACUCAUAUCAAGCAGACAUUCUUGAUCCACAACACUGGAAAUUUCUUGGCAUGGCACCGCUACUUCACCUGGGCCUACGAGCAGACACUGCGGAAAGAGUGUGGCUACAAAGGAUACCAGCCAUACUAUAACUGGCCAAGGUGGUCUGACGAUCCGAGCAAGAGUCCUGCUUUGGAUGGCUCUGCUACUUCCAUGAGUGGCAAUGGUGCCCCUGGCUGCUCCAACCAGACCUUUUACGGUAUCCCUACCAAUGCUGAGCCUCAAAUCAAGAUUCCCAAAGGCAACGGUGGAGGCUGUGUGGUCUCUGGUCCUUUCAAGGACUGGUCCGUCAACCUCGGUCCCGUCUUCACCGACUCAAACUGUGUUCCUCCCAACCCAAUUUCCAACCAAACUGACCCCAACGUGGGCCUUGGAUACAACCCUCGCUGUCUGAAGCGUGACAUUUCUUCCUGGACCUCUAGCCAGUGGACCAACGACGAGCAGGUUGUUAACCUGCUCAACAGCGCGGACAUCAAGACGUUUUGGUACAACAUGCAAGGUGGCGACCCAGCCUUCACCAAGUUCAUGGGUGUCCACACUGCGGGUCACUUUACCAUUGGCGGUGACCCUGGGUCUGACUUUUUCACCUCCCCUGGUGACCCGUGGUUCUUCUUCCACCACGCUCAAAUUGACCGAGUUUGGUGGACCUGGCAAAACAUGGACCCUGCCGACCGCACCAAUGCCAUUUAUGGAACUACCAUCAUUGCGACACCAGCCGCACCCGAGACUAAGCUCACCGACACAAUGACGCUUGGUUAUGCUUACGCCGGUAAUAUCAGCGUUGCUGACGCAAUGAGCACUAUGGGUGGUCCUUUCUGCUACACGUACAUUUAG